AUGAACAUAUUUGUGAUAUUAGCGGUGGCACUGCCACUAGCUGCUGGUCUCAGAGUAGACUCUGGCAACUGCACAUCAGCAGAGUUCGAAUGCCCAGACGGGACCUGUAUCUCUAGCUCGUGGGUUUGUGAUGGCGAAGAUGAUUGUGGUGAUAAUGGUGACGAGGCAUCCUGCGGUGGCCCCGCGUCUACGGCUGCCCCAGCUACCUCUGGACCUGCGGUAGCCACGACUGCUACAACAGGAGGCUCAACUAGCAUUUUCUCCGGCUGUGGAGUAACCCUGACCGCGUCCAACGGUACGUUCUCUUCCCACGCCGAGUACGGUGUAUCAAACUACAAGAACAACUACGGCUGUGACUGGACCAUCAGCGCCCCAGCUGGAUAUGUCGUCAAUGUCAUGUUCCUCAGCUUGGAUAUUGAAAGCCAGAGAACUUGCUCCUAUGACAAGCUCGAGGUCUACAGCUCCCCAAGCUCCCUUGCUACAGCCAGCAACCGCAUUGGUCGUUAUUGCGCUGAUGACGGUUCUCUCGAUGGAAGCAGAAUCGCUUCAACUGGCAACACCAUGUACUUGGCUUUCUCUUCCGAUAGCAGCACCAGACAUGGGGGUUUCGUCCUCCUUUACUACUUUACUGCUGCAGGUAGCACAGGAGGCAGCGGCACCCUUCCCCCCGUUGCCACCACCCUCGCCCCAACCGGUACCGACUCCGGCUGCGGCAGCCCCCGCGUCCAGAGCGGUAUGAGUGGUUCAUUCUCCAGCAAGGGCUACCCAAGCAACUAUGACGAUAACCUGGCAUGCACCUGGCUCAUCUCAGUUCCAGCUGGUUAUCGUGUCCUCCUCACUUUCAGCACCACGUUUGAGAUUGAGAGCUACACCGUCGGCGACAGGGCCUGUGCCUAUGAUUAUGUUGCCGUGUACGAAGGAGUGACCAACGUCAACCGCGUCAGCCAACUCAUCGGUAAAUAUUGUGGUAACACAGCCCCCGCUUCCAUCGUGUCUGCUGACAACAACCUUGCCGUGACCUUCGCCUCCGACACCUCGGUUGGAGAGGCUGGUUUCUCCAUCUCCUGGUCUGCUACUCUUUCAAGUGCCGCUCCAUCAACGGCUGCACCUGUGUUCACCACGCCUGCUGUUACGGCGGCUCCAUCCGGUUGCGGAGGAGACAAGUAUCUCUCAGGUUCCGGCGAGUUCGUUUCCCAUGCCGGUUAUGAGAGCGGUGACUACCCAAGCAGUGCAAACUGUGAAUGGAUCAUCAGCGCCGCCGCCGGGGAGAUCGUCCAGUUGGAAUUCGCCGCCUUCGACCUCGAGGACAGCACAACCUGCAGCUACGACUCGGUGAAGCUCUACGACAGCACCAGCUCCAGCUCCCUCAUCAACAAGUUCUGCGGAACCCUGCCAGCUGGCUACCUUGUCUACUCAACUGGGUCUACCAUGAGGGUGACUUUCACCAGUGACACCGGUGUAGAGGGUGAUGGAUUCAAGAUUCGCUACUCGUCUGUCGACCCAGCUUCUCUUACUACUCCUGCCCCAACCACAACUGUUGCCCAGUCUGGCUGUGGUGGGCCACGAUUCCUGACAAGCGCUGGCACUUUCAGCAGCAUGAACUUCCCCUCCAACUACGAUUCUGACGCCAGCUGCGUGUGGAAGAUCACCGGCCCUGCCACCAAGGUCAUCCAAUACACCUUCCUUGCCCUUGACACCGAGACUAGUUCCAGCUGCAACUAUGAUUACGUGACCGUCCAUGACGGACCAAGCUCUUCCUCCCCCGUUCUAGACUCAUUCUGUGGAUCAGGCACCCCAUCCGUGUUCCUCUCCACUACCAACGAAGCCUACGUUACCUUCACCUCUGAUAGUAGUCAGGAGGAGGCAGGAUUCAACUUGAAGUUCGACUUCGUUGACCCACCAGUAACUUGCGCACCAACUGAAUUCACCUGCCUUGAUGGUGGGUGUAUUGACAUGAGUCUCAAAUGUGACAACAAUACAGACUGCGCUGAUGGCAGCGAUGAGAUGUACUGUAUGAAUUCCAACUCGAAGUGCGGUCAACCAACCAUCACCCCCAAACCAGGCAACAGCAGGGUCGUUGGAGGACAAGAGGCAACUGAGGGAAGCUGGCCAUGGCAGAUCUCCGCCCGUUAUAGUGGCUCACACUUUUGUGGAGGCUCCCUCGUCCACCCUGAGUGGGUUGUGACUGCUGCUCAUUGUUAUUCGGACGCAUCUAGUACCUCCCCGUACACUGUCGUGGUCGGCAAGCACAACAAGGCUGGCACCGACCCCAACGAGGAGACUAUCCAAGUAUCCAAGAUCAUUGUCCACAAGGACUACAAUGAAAACACGGUAGAUAACGAUAUCGCGCUUCUCAAGCUCGCCAAGCCAGCUACCAUGUCUGCAUACGUUGAUACAGUCUGUCUACCUUCCAUGGAAGUCCCUGCUGAUACUAACUGUUAUACCACUGGGUGGGGUGAUACCAAAGGUACAUGUUGCUCAGGAAAGCUGAAACAAGCCAUGGUUCCUAUCGUAGACAGGACGAAAUGCAACCGCGCCGAUUAUUACAACGGGGAUGUGACCAACAACAUGAUCUGUGCAGGUUAUGAUGUUGGUGGCCACGAUGCUUGCCAGGGUGACAGUGGUGGUCCAUUCGUGUGCAACGUCAGCGGAAAAUGGGAGCUGACCGGUGUCGUCUCAUGGGGUAUUGGCUGUGCUAGUGCCAAGAAGCCCGGUAUCUAUACCAACACACUGAACUACGUCGCCUGGAUCCAACAAAAGAUGGCCGCCAACUAAAAGCUUGUUUACAAAGUUUAUCGUUUUAUGUAUCUUCUAUUGAAAUAGAACAUUUCAUUUCCA